GAUCUAGAUAAAAGCAGUCGUGUCAGGAGAACAUGACACUCAAAAGCUGAAUAUCCAGGGAGACUUCUUGAAUCUGGCUGAAGAGCAAAAAUGAGACCUUUGGUAUACAGUAGUCUUUGGCUUCUUGGCUUCUUUAUGGCAGUUUCUCAAGCUGCAUUCUGCCCGAGGGAAUGGUUAAGGUAUCAGAGGAACUGUUAUGGGCUCUUCCAUGAGAAGCUGAGCUGGCAUGAGGCUGAGAUCAGGUGCCAAAGGUAUGGCCAGGGGACCCAUCUUGCCUCUAUCCUUGCCUGGCCAGAAACAUUGAUUGUGUCCAAACAUAUCUCUGCUUAUAUGAAAGAAAAAGGGGUGGAUGUCUGGAUGGGGCUCCAUGAUGUUCGCCAUAAUGGGAUCUGGAGGUGGACUGACGAGUCUGCUUUCAAUUACAAGAACUGGAUGCGAGGAGAACCCAACAAUCUUUGGAAUUCUGAGUACUGUGUUGCUUUCCGAGCCUCCACAGGUUAUAAGGGCUGGAUUGAUGCUGUUUGCAUGAAGAAAAAAGCCUUCAUCUGCAAACAUCAACUUUAGAAAAUGAAGAAGUUUCACCUAAAGAAUGAUCAUCAUCCUGAAUCAGGAAGCUAUCCAUGCUGUUACAUCCAUAUGGCUUUCUUUCAAACAUCACAUGUAUUUAUUGCAUGAGCAGUUUCUGUGGUCAUCUGCUUCCUUUGCAUCUGGCAUCACAUGGCACUAAAUCUUGGGCAUGGUUAUUGCUUGAAAGCCAUUGUCAAUAAAUAUCAUUAAGAUCUGCA